AUGGCCCCUGCUGAGAACAUUCAUAUACCCCCUGCUUCCCACCCGGAACCAGGUCCUCUCUACUCUGAUUUCUUCCAACAACAAGUCGCGAAGCAGCGUAAUAAUAAUUAUCAUUCGACUUCUCUAAGAAACAUGGUUGCCACAUCAGUUAAUCGCACUGCUCUGCACCCCGGUGGUGUUCAACCGGGCAAGAGCCACACCGAACUCGAGGAAGAGCUCCACGAGCACGCCCACAUUGACUACGAGCGUGUCGCAAUUAUUGCCAACCCCUCCGUCGCUGCACUCUACGAAGAUGCCCUCGUCUACGAAACCGGUACCGCCAUCACAUCGAGUGGUGCCUUGACAGCAUACUCUGGUGCCAAGACUGGCCGUUCUCCUUCAGAUAAGCGUAUCGUCAAGGAGGAGUCGUCAGAAAAGGACGUUUGGUGGGGACCUGUUAACAAGCCUAUGACCCCUGAUGUCUGGCGUAUCAACCGUGAACGUGCUGUUGACUACCUCAACACCCGUAACCGCAUCUACGUUAUCGAUGGCUAUGCCGGCUGGGAUGAGAGAUACCGUAUCAGCGUCCGUGUCGUCUGCGCACGUGCCUACCAUGCUCUCUUCAUGCGCAACAUGCUCAUCCGCCCCUCCCGCGAGGAAUUGGAGCACUUCCACCCCGACUACGUUAUCUACAACGCCGGUUCUUUCCCUGCCAACCGUUUCACCGAAGGCAUGACCUCGGCCACAUCGGUGGCUAUCAACUUCGCCGAGAAGGAGAUGGUUAUCCUGGGUACGGAGUACGCCGGUGAGAUGAAGAAGGGUGUUUUCACCAUUCUCUUCUACGAGAUGCCUGUGAAGCACAACGUCCUGACCCUGCACUCCUCGGCCAACGAGGGUGAGAACGGCGAUGUCACCGUCUUCUUCGGUCUGUCCGGUACUGGCAAGACGACUCUGUCCGCUGACCCCAAGCGUGCACUGAUUGGUGACGAUGAGCACUGCUGGACCGACCGCGGUGUCUUCAACAUCGAGGGUGGUUGCUACGCCAAGUGCAUUGGCCUCUCCGCCGAGAAGGAGCCCGAUAUUUUCAACGCCAUCCGCUUCGGAUCCGUCCUCGAGAACGUCGUCUUCGACCCCAUUACCCGUGUUGUCAACUACGAUGAUUCCACCCUCACCGAGAACACCCGCUGCGCCUACCCCAUCGAGUACAUCGAGAACGCCAAGAUCCCCUGCAUCGCGGACAAGCACCCCUCGAACAUCAUCCUCCUCACCUGCGAUGCCCGCGGUGUCCUGCCUCCCAUUUCCAAGCUCACCACCGAGCAGACCAUGUUCCACUUCAUCUCGGGUUACACCUCCAAGAUGGCCGGUACUGAAGACGGCGUGACCGAGCCCCAGGCCACCUUCUCGUCUUGCUUCGCCCAGCCCUUCCUCGCCCUGCACCCCAUGCGCUACGCCCGCAUGCUUGCUGACAAGAUCUCCGAGCACAAGACCAACGCCUGGCUGCUGAACACCGGUUGGGUCGGUGCCGGCGCCACUACUGGUGGAAAGCGUUGCCCUCUCAAGUACACCCGUGCCAUUCUGGACGCCAUCCACAGCGGUGAGCUCGCCAACGUUGAGUACGAGACCUACGACGUGUUCAACCUCCACGUGCCCAAGACCUGCCCUGGUGUGCCCUCUGAGCUGCUCAACCCCAAGAACAGCUGGACCGCCUCGACGAGCUUCACCGACGAGGUUAAUAAGCUGGCCAAGCUGUUCAACGAGAACUUUUCCAAGUACGCAGACGAAGCCACCAAGGAGGUUAUUGCGGCUGGUCCCGUUCCCUCCCAGUAG